UAAAAAUAUUAAAAAAAUUCAAAAUGAAUUUACAACAGUUAAAUGCUUUUCAUAUAUCAGCGGCCAUCUUGGCGGCCAUCUUGAAUUUUGAGGGCUUUGCCCAGUGAAUAGAAACUGGCAUUAGGCAGUUCUGACAGCUACAGAUUCUGACGAACAUUUUGGUAUGCAGAAGUUGAUGUGCACAUUCAUAGACCACCUACUAUCAGUGUUAAGCUAUUUAUCUGGCCAUAUUUGCAGCAUGAAAUGCAGUACAUUGCAAUUUGACGCAAACAAUAUUGCAUAAUAAUGUGGACUGUAUGUAUAUAGACUCUAUGUAUAUAGUAUAGUAUAGUAAGAAUAAAGAAAGUACCAUAACUGUACAGAAUAUUUUUGGAAAGGACCUAAAUGCACCAUGCACAAGUAAGGUUGGUACUUAUCACUUAUGUUAAGGUUCAUCAAAUUGUGUUCAUGGAUUCAGGAGAUUAGGAGUGCACAAUAUUGCAAAUGCAGACUCUAUGUUUAUGGUAUAGUAACAAGAACAAAGUCCCGUAAGUCUGCUUUUUUUCUGAAAGAGCCUAACAUGCACCGUGCACAACUACUUUUAUUACUAAUCACUUGUGUGAAUUUUCAUUAAAUUGUGUCAAGCGGAUGAGGAGAGUUGGACCGCACAAGAUUGUGUCUACGGACAGAUAGACAGACAGACAGACGACAGACAACUUGAAACCAGUAUACCCACUUGCAACUUCGUUGUUCGGGGAUACAAUAAUUGAUUUGUUUUACCAACCACUUAUUUCAGCAUAUAACAACACGAAAAUCUACUGACCCUCAAUACAUAUAUAGGGGGUCACUAUGUGACAAACUUUUAACCAAUGAAAACGCCAGAAUCUCGCGGGAGUCGAAACAAAAGAUGUUACAAUUCAUUUAAAAUAAUUGAAAUAAAACAUAAAACGAAAAUUGCUUUUUAGAAAACAAUAUGUUAUUUAGGUUGCACAGAUUACCAAUUAAGUGUUGAAGCUUCUUUCCAAUAGGCCCAGCUGAACCAAGAGGAAACCAGACGGAAUCGGAGAAACAACGCCAAUGUGACAAAUUACUUGAACUUUUUCUUUAGUUUUGACCUCAAAAGUCAUACAUAAGUUAAAGACCUGUUUAAAAUAUGUUUACUAUUUAUUACAGGCCUAAAGACUACAAAGCAGCUAUAAUAUCCCAGAAACGUUACAUUAUCACACAAUUAAGUUAUGCACUAGGAACUAUGAAUCUACAUUGUACCUGAACAAUCAGAACAAUAAGAAGUCAAGUAAGAAUGCAAGACUUUUCAAGGGCUAUUGCGAAGGCUAAGGCACUGUGCUGAUUUAUACUCACAUGUAUGGAUGACUUUACUUGCUAAUGCAGGCAAUCAUGUCCGUCAAAUAUCGAACGUUAUUUUUUAUGAAAACGCUAAUACAAUACUAAUUUGAUGCUUAGAAUGAAGAUGCUUUGGACACUUGGAACCUGGGGUGACUGUUGGGACAUUCAAUAGAGUGGCUUCCGUGACUGAUUUUAAUCCACGUCUAUGUUUGAUUGUAUUUGCUUAUGCACAAAUACGUCUAUAACACUUUGUUCCUUCAUACAAUUUAACGGCGUUGGCAAAGUGUUAAAUAUUAAUAAAUAUUCAAUAAUGUACAUCACCAUUUAAUAAAUGCACACAACAAAAAUUGUUUCUGUCUAAAAUUUUUGAAUAUUAUUUCCCCAUUGUUGUAUCAAUUAACAUAAAUUGAUAAAUAUACGUUACAGAUCAAUAUAUGCACUGAUAAAAUUGUUAUAUCUACACAUCAAAUUGAAAGUCACCAUAUAGAGGCGUUCCAUAUUACGGUUAACGUAGUAUUAUUUAUGUCGUUGAAAACAUGGACUGUAGACAUCUGUUUUAUGGAAUGUUGCUGUUUUCAUCAAUGAUUCUCAUUACAGGUGAGUGUGGUGUGUUUCCGAAUGCUUCUAAUACAUGGAUCAGAAAUAGUAUUGUACUAACUUUAUGACCGAAUUUUCUGUCUGAAUACAAAGAACGUGUAAAGGUUUGUGUAUGACACUAAACUCGACACUAAGUGCGAUGAGUUCAACGUAAGCUGACUAUACUAACGUUAUUUUUCGUUUACUUAGAAGUCCUUUGAUCAUUUGAAAAUUUUACCGUAGACUCGAAGUGUUAAUCCUGACCUUGCCUGUUUCAAUUUACCUUCCGCUCUCUCGGGGACGUUGAAUUCUUCAUGUGAGGAAGCUAUCCAGCUGGCUUACGGAAGAUCGGUGGUUCUACCCAGGUGACCGCCCGUGAUAAAAUAUUGCACGGAGGGGCACCUGAGUUCUUCUUCCAUCACCAAAGCUGGAAAGUCGCCAUGUGACUAUAAUUGCACAACAAAACAAAACAACAAUUUGCCAUCCUGGUUUGGACACAUUUUUUCAUUAUGCAUAAUGUCCAAGUUUUUCAAAGCCAAAUGUCAAGACAACUUUACAAUAGGAUUCUAAAACACUUUCUCUGAAUCAUAUUUGGAAUAAGGUACCAUAUGACAUCCAUUUUAAGUAAACAAUCACGUCGUAAUAGGAGUAAAGUAUCAGAUGAAUUCAUUAUUUAAAUUGGUUUUAUUUCUUAAAAGUCAGAUAUCCCUAUUGCAUUAACCAAUUUGGGUAACUUAAAUGCAGGCAGGCAUCACCUUUGUAAAACAACUGUAUGCCCAAAAUAUAAGUUAAUGUUAUACUUUCGAUAUGUAUUUAGUUUUCCUUUAAAUGAUUUAUUUAAUACGUUUUCAGAUGUAUAUUCACUCACAUUCGGUGUUUACCAGAGUGCUGACAAAGCAAUUUUGGGCGACAACCCGUUUACGCUCUCAUGUACAUACACAAUCGGUCCGCUAGAACAGUUGUAUUCUGUUGAGCUGAUGAGGAAGCGGGAGUCAGAUCCAGAUUUUACAACAAUAGUAACUUUUCAGAACCCUUCGAGUGCUCUUAAUGUAACUUAUACAGACACUUCACUGGAAUCGAGGACAGUGGCAACAAAACCAACGGUUGAAAGUAGAACAGCAACACUGGUAUUCAACAAAAUAGAGUGUGAUGAUAAAGCUACAUAUAAAUGGAGUGUGAUUUACACUGACGGAACAAACAAGAAUGUCGAGGAAACUUCUACUGUAGUUAUUAAAGACAAAAACGAUUACACGCACAGAAUGAUGGAAAAAAAAUCGCAGAACUAUAUUGAAACCAGAAGAUCUGAAGUUUCCUCAAAAGGAGGUAGAAGGUGUGAUGUGCAAACGGAAUAUCAUGCAGAAUUUAACAAUCGUAAUAUUCAAGGGCCAGUAUCAUCAGACUAUGAAAACCCUUUACAAUACGAGAUGCCGGGUGAUUCUACUGCAGAAAUACAUCAAUACACACAACUUCCACCUACCAAUGAACAGCUGACCAGAGAGCAUUAGAAUGAAAAAUACACGCUGAAUUUUCGCAAAUCCGUAUUAUUGUUAAAGUAACAUUCAGUUCAAAGUUUAGCAAUCUCUGUUUUCCGGUUAAUGGACUUGUGUUUCAUUAUACAAAAUGGUGUUUCUUUGUGAAAUUUUAUUGUCAUUGGAAACAUUAAUGAUUGACUCACUCUAAAUACAGCAUUAAGCUUAAAAAAAAUUUGUUGGUUGCAUAGCACUACUGAAUCAAAUUCAGUGCGAGUGCGCAAUCGGGAUGUUACAAUGCAAGAGACGCGCAGAUGAUAUAGCCAGAACUGCAAAACGGCUAUUGUGGGACUACUGAUAUCACAGUUGAUCGAUUUUUUUAAAAUUCAACACGUAAAGUUCUUCAGGUGUAAUGUGUAAGAAAACGAGUCGAAUUUAGUGUUUUAUUAAAAAGAAAACAGUUAUACAUCUGGAUAGUUUCUUUUGCUGUUCAGUAAAUGUAAACUAGCUGAAAAUACUGAUGACCUAUCCCUGGCAGGGAUAUGGUAGGUUGGCAAAAAAAUCGCUCCUUUUCGUUAGAGAAGGGGAUGUUCCAAUGAUGCGUAGAUAUGGUUGACCGGUCACAUAUUUUGUUCAAGUCCCUUUGCAGUUUAGAAAUACUUCGUGGGCAGGUCUCUA